AUGCACGUCCCAAACACCUUUAAAAUCAUCGCCCUACUUGCCCCGGUUUUCUUCCAAUCGACAUCGGGAUGGUCGUUCACUCUUUACAACGAUACGGGUUGCGGUAACUCUACGGCUCCCAAUACAAACGGAGAUACCGUGCAACGAACUGGCGAUGUGGACUGUGAUUCAGUUCCCAAUGCCGAACAGCAGAAGUCAAUCCUCGGUAACAUUGCAAAUGGUACUGAGUGCAGGAUCUCGUUCUACCCACGAGAAGGCUGCGGUGAUAAGGUCGCGUUCGGUCUCACUCAGUAUACCACAUCUUGUCUUUCUAUAGAUGACUUCACCACACCACUUGCUUAUUUCAAAGCUACCGAUUGCGCAUGA